GACCAGGCAGGAUGAGAAUUCACAUCAGUCACGCCCGGACUGACUGGCAGGAUCUCUCCGGAGAAAGACUGUGAUGAUGACUCCCAUGGUGCAUCUGUGUCUUCUGGCACUCUUGCUCGGCUCUGCUGCUGGCUUGGGCCUGGAUGGCAAGAAGGUCCCAUUUGAGAACUUGGUGAUGAAGGUGCAGGAGGGCACACCUGUACCCUACGCACUCUGUCAGUUCCAGGUCAGCCAUCCUGGUGUGAACGCUUUCAGGCUGAACGGAGAAGGCAGCGAUGACAUCAAGAUCUCAGCUGACGGUUGGCUCUACUUGGACAAACCUCUGGACUGGUCCCAAAAUGACAACUACCUUGUUGCGGUGGAGGCCUUAGUGGACGAUGAGGUCGUGGAGGGGCCCAUUUUCGCAACCAUCCACGUGCUGGACAUCAACAACCACGCUCCAUAUUUUAACCAGAGUUACUACACCGCUUUGGUCCGAGAGAACACUCCAGCAGGUGUGCCGUUCACUCGUGUGUUUGCGUUGGAUCGUGACGACCCCAGCACUCCCAAUGCUCAGCUGACGUACAGCCUAGUCAGCCAGAUCCCCAACCGACACAACACUCUGCUCUUCCAGGUGGAUCCCAACUCGGGAGAGAUCUCCACCACCGAGCAAGGGGAGCGCAUGCUCAAUGCCAGGGAGACAAUCCAGUACGCCAGAGGAGAAGACCGCAGCGCUGAGUCUCUCAGGGCAAAAUUUAACAACUACUGUCCCUCGCCAACCGUCCCCAAUGAAGAAAACCCCUUCUUCACUUGUGUGGAGAGAGCAGAGAUGAGACGCAGCAACCUGGACCCCCUGGAGGACCCGGACUACACCUUAAUCGUGAAAGUCCACGACAUGGGAGGAGCAUCCGAGAUGGCGCUGAGCGGCAACUCCAGAGUGCACAUUGCGGUGCAGCCCAAUUUGUGGGUCAACCCCGGCAGGAUUGCCAUUCAGGAGCACCUGGAGGGAUCCUACCCGCGAGUCAUUACCAAGGUCCAGUCCAAUGAGCCAGGCGCCAUUUACAGGCUUGUGCAGAAAGAACGAGAGCUGAGAUUCCCUUUCCAGAUCACAGAGGAUGGAGAAAUUCUGCUCACAGAGGAGCUAGACAGGGAGGAGAAGGACAUGUACAUCCUGGUAGUGAUGGCCGAGGAUGUCUAUGAGAACCAGGUGGAUCCCCCGAUGGAGAUCCACGUUGUGGUGGAGGAUGUGAACGACAAUGCGCCCGUGUGCGAGGAAGAGGAGACUGUGUUUGAGGUGCAGGAGGACGAGCCUGUAGGCAGUCCGAUCGGGGACCUGAUAGCCCACGACGCCGACCAAGCGGAGACGUUGAACGCUCUGCUGACCUAUACCAUCAUGUCGCAGCAGCCCUCCACCUCACCCGAAGCCUUCGCCAUUGACGCCGCCUCCGGUCGAAUCCAAACGCUGCGCGCGCUGCAGCGCAGGGACCAUCAGGUGUACAACCUGGAUGUUAGAGUCAGUGAUCCAGCUCACAGUGUUCUCUGUAAGGUCGUGGUCAAGGUCAUUGAUGUGAACAACGAGUUGCCUCGCUUUGAGAAGAAUGAUUACGGCAGCUACACGGUGGUCGAAGACGCCGCCGUGGGACAAACGGUGCUCAACAUCAGCGCGUCGGAUGACGACGACGCAGACAGCGGCAGCUCCUUCAUCGAGUUCCACAUCACAGCCGGCAACGACGACGGCGUGUUUGCCGUGGAAACGGACGGAAAAGGCGUCGGCCACGUGGUCAUCGCAAAGCCUCUGGAUUUUGAGACCUCGUCCUCCUACAAGUUGAAGAUCGAUGCUCGGAACCCGGAGCCUUUGAUGAGCGGCCUGGAGUACGGUGCCGAAUCCACCGCCUUCGCGUCCGUGUCGGUAACCGACGUCGACGAGGUCCCGGAAUUUACCCUGGAUAUCCUGGAAGUAGUUGUGCCCGAAAACAUCACAAAGGGAGCUGUGCUGCUCACGGUGGAGGCCAAGGACCCCGAAGGCAAAGAGAUACGUUUCAAGAUGGAAGGUGACACUAAAGGCUGGCUGGAGUUGAACCCAGCCACCGGACAAAUUACGACCAAAGACAAGCUGGACAGAGAGACCCUGGAGACCUUUGAAGUCACUGUCACUGCCUUCGAGAAGGAUAACCCUGAAAAGUUCGACGAGCGCAUGGUGUCGGUGAGGCUGCUGGAUGUGAAUGACAACACCCCCAAACUGACGGAGACGCAGGCAUUCAUGUGCCUGAAGAAACCCGAGCCGGUGUUCAUCAAGGCUCAUGACGGAGACGGCGCUCCCUUUUCGCAGCCCUUCACCUUUGCCCUGGUCCACAGCAGAAAAUCCCACAACUGGGACCUGCAAACCAUUGACGGCACCACAGCCAAGUUGACCCUGAAGAAAAUGCCAACGGAAGACAGAACGUUUAGUCUGCCCAUCAACGUGAAAGAUAAUGCAGGGAUGGGAGUCACGCAGUCCUUUGAGGUACAAGUGUGCACGUGCACGGAGCUGGGCUACUGCUACGUGGCACCAGGUGAGCACGGCUUCAAAUACGGAAUGGGACCCACCAUCGGCAUCCUGGCGGGAACUCUGGGAUUCUGUGUUUUGGUCCUCGUCGUCGCGGUCAAACGUUCAAGUAAACGCAGUAAGAACAGCGAGGAGGCGGAGAAGAACGCCUUGAUGUAGACACAACUCUGCAUUUGUACUAUUUUUUGUGUCAUGUGAGGACUUUCUUGACGUUUCGAGGAAAGCGUGUACAUUUAAGAGGGUUGCUUAGCUGCCAGUAGUCACCACAAAGUCUUUUUAUUUUCUUGGCCAUGUUGUAUUUACUAUAUACAUAUGAGACAUCAUAAACAAAAUAAAGACAUGAUUAAAAGUUGCCAAGCAGGAUUACUCAUGUCAGGUGGCCCCGCCCUAAUUUAUUGAUGUGGCCCCACCACUGUAACAUGAAAAAUGUUGACUAUAAUGUGAUAUGUUUUGUUGGGCAAUUACUGCUCUUUUUUUCCCCCCCUCAAUAAACGAAACAAAUGGGAGCCACUAUUA